AGUCUGUUUCAGCGCGUACCGACCGUGACACGUUGACCUGAGACUUUUCUCCCUCCGACGAUUUCCCUCCUCCGACCUCCUCCGACGAAAUCCUCAGCACCGGGCGUUCAGCGUGUGUGAUCGAACAUGGGCAAGUCACAGUCGAAGCUCUCCCCGUCCCAGCUGGAGGAGCUGCAGAAAGCGACGCAUUUCGACAAGAAGGAAUUGCAACAAUGGUACAAAGGCUUCCUCAAAGACUGUCCGUCGGGCACCCUCACCAAGGAGGAGUUUCAGAAAAUCUACCGGCAGUUCUUCCCGUUUGGCGACCCGUCGUCGUUUGCAAAUUAUGUGUUCCGAGUGUUCGACUCGGAUAACAGCGGGAUGAUCGAUUUCAAGGAAUUUAUCUGUGCGCUGUCGGUCACGUCGCGGGGCAAGAUGGAGGACAAGCUGGACUGGGCAUUCCAACUGUAUGACAUUGAUGGGGACGGCAAGAUCACGUAUGAUGAAAUGCUGGCGAUCGUCGAGGCGAUCUACAAGAUGGUGGGCUCGAUGGUUAAAUUGCCCGAGGAUGAGGAUACGCCGGAGAAGCGCGUGCGCAAGAUCUUCCGGAUGAUGGACAAGGACGAGAACGGGAGCCUGGACAUGGAGGAAUUCAAGGAGGGCAGUAAGCGGGACGAGACGAUUGUCAGCGCCUUGUCGCUGUACGAUGGACUGGUGUAGAUCCUCGUCGGGACUACUGCUGGGCGCAGGCAUGGUGGCUUUUUCCAUCCCUGUUUUGGAUGUGACCUCGGUGAAUUGGCGCUUUUUCUUUUCAUAUUUCCUUGCUUGAUUAAGUUUCGUCUUAUUUUCUGGUCCUUUUCUUUUACUUUUUGUGUUUUCUCUUCAGGAUUCCCAUGACUG